AUGAGGGGUCAUUUCCGGAAGGCUCGCGUUAAGCCGAAGUAUAUCGUGAAGGAGUUUCCUGUUACCCCCGAUGCACACGUCCCUGUCGGAACGACACUUUCCGCCAUUCACUUUGUACCUGGGCAAUUUGUGGAUGUGAUUGCUGAUUCUAUUGGGAAGGGAUUUCAAGGCACGAUGAAGCGAUGGAACUUCAAGGGUUUGCGUGCAAGCCAUGGUGUUUCUGUAUCACAUCGUUCAGCCGGUGCGACUGGACAGCACCAAGACCCGGGUAGAGUCUGGCCCGGUAAGAAGAUGGCAGGCCGACUGGGAGGCGAACGAACUACUGUCCAGAAUCUUCCUGUGGUCCGUGUUGACACGAGCCUCGACCUGAUUUUCGUCAAGGGCGCAGUGCCAGGGGUUGACGAUGCACACGUCCUUGUUCGCGAUGCAAAGAAGAAAAUGCUCUGUCUCGCAAAUGCAAACCAAGCUAAAGGUCUUUACGAGAGUGUCCUUCCCAAGGGUGUGGAUGAUCUACCUUUCCCCGCCGGGACUAAGGAGAUGGUUCAAUCCCUCCCUCCCGUAAUCGAAGCUCCUUCAAAACGGAGUAGCCCAUUCAUUCCCAGGGAAUAG